AAAGGAACGAGAUCGAGAAGAAAUCUUCUCUAAUGAAUAAUAUAUUCAUUGCUUUAAUAAAUAAAAAAAAAAAGAAUUCACGAGAGAAAAAAAUAAAUGAUUGAACGUACCUGGAACGCUCCAUGUGAAGAAGUAGGAAGAAACAGGUGUGUACAGUAAUGUAUUAAAACGCCUUUAAGAAAAGAAAAAAAAAAGUAUGGAGAACGCGGCGAUUGCACUUGACUCGACUGUUAGAAGUCAGGAUUCGAAUAAUUCAAAGAAUUCGAAGGAUUCAAAGGACUCGAAGGACUCGAAGGACUCGAACACAUCCGAUUCGAAACCAGAAAGUUGCCUCGAGUCUAAACAUUCGAAGGAAAUCCUUAUUUCUGAGAAGCAACAACGGCAACAGCCUCGAACAGUAACAAGCACGGACGAUCGACAGAAACUGAAGAACAAGGAGUCCAAGGAUGAAUCAACUAUUUUGAUGUUCACUUCUUGUGGGCAAUUGCUUUUAGGUGUAGUACUUGUAGUAUUUGGUAUCCUGGUAUUGGUCCAUGGCGCUGCAUUAGGAGGUUCCGGUGCAGGAUUAUGGGCAGGUGCGGGUGCUCUUGCCGCAGGAGCGUUUGGUGUCGUAGCAACACUUGCAACGUCAACAAGCAAAACGAAUUCCAGCUUUUCCACGGCUCACCUUGCAGCGAGCCUCAUUGCCCUUGCCCUUUCGAAUAUGGCUGCAAUCACGGCCUUGACUGCUAUUGUCAGGGACUCCCAGAGAACACCGGAAGUGACCUUGCUCACUGUUCCGAAUGAAGAUGGAAACGCAGCAGAAGUAGAGGGUACCUGGGCAGGUAUAUUGGCUAGCAUUGGAUUACUGGUAGCUAGUGUGGCCGAAUUAUUAGUUUCUGGUUACAUUUGCUUAACCUUAACCCCUAAACUAUGCGGAUGCCUUCGAGCAAACAAUGUCGACGAAAUUGCAAGCGACGGUCGAUUGAAGACUCGCAACAUGGUCCAUCAGUGGGUCACAGCGCAGAAUCAUGUACCGAAGAAUCAACCGAUUUACGUAGUGCAGCCGAUGUUACCGAUACAUCCGAUGAUCCAGUCACCAUAUGCAAUCUCUGGGGCACCUGCAAAAUUUCCUGGAGGAUUUAUGCCUACCGGGCCUUUGCCAAUAGCUAGUCCAGCUUAUGGUGCCGUUCCUAUGUUACCGCAUAUGCCAUACGCUGCUCGUGCUCCAUCACAAAUUAUUCGAUCAAAACAAAAACGCCACAUAACUGAAGAUACUAUGGAAAGAAAGAGGCAAACUGAAAGAAAAUCGGAAUCCCCGAAAAGAAUGUCUUCUAUAGGAGAAGAUCAAGUAGAUCUAGCUCAAACAUAUACAGGAUUGGAUAAAAAAAUCUCAGAAGAGUUCAUUUCAAUUGCCAUGGACCCAGAAAGGAAAUCUAAAGCCUCCAGUAGUCAUGGCAGUGAAAUCGGUACCGCGAAAACUUCUUAAAAAUGUGAUGUUUUCAAAUUAUUUCGAGUUAUUUUUAUAACCAAUGCAAAAAAAAUCCUUAUACAUUUACACAUGUAAAUGUAUAUAAUUUAGCAUUACAAGAAAAGUUUUGUAUUAUUUGAAUAUAUACAUAUAUAUAUGAAACAAUUUAAGCACUUCACUCGAGGCUUUAUUUCUAUAAUUUCGUUGUAUC